GCUCCUCCUGCACGGGCAGGACAGACUGAGGGAAUAUUCAAAUAACCGGAUUACUGUCACGCUUUUCCUCACUGGGAUUACGUUUCUGAUUUUCAAACAUGAUUCCAGAGGAAAGCUUUGGAUCCAUCGAGAACAGGAUGCAGUCAGUAGGUCUGGCUCUGGAGGAAUUGCUGGUAACGGCUCAGAAGCAAGACUGCCUCACCAUUGGUAUCUAUGAAUCAGCUAAACUUCUUAAUGCAGAUCCAGACACUGUGGUACUGUGCGUCCUGGCAGCCGACGACGAAGACGAUGUGGCUCUGCAGAUCCACUUCACCCUGCUGCAGUCGUUCUGCUGUGACAGCGGAAUCACCAUCCUGCGAGUCUCCGGGAUUCAGCGGCUCCAGCAGCUGCUGGGAGCAGUGGAUGCCAACAGAAACCAGGAAGAGCACGGAGACCUUCACUGCAUGCUGGUUACGAACCCCCAGGCUGACCACUGCAGGCUACAAGAGGUGGGGACCUACUGCCAGGAGAGCCGACGUCUUGAUCAGUGGGUGCCUGAACUGGUCCUGCAGGAACGCUGAAGGGUCUGGCUGCCAAACACAGCAGCAAACACUUUCUGGGUUCAGACACUGAUGAACUGAAAUAUCUACUGUAGGUUAAGCAGGGACAGUCUGGAGGGGGACUGAGACGGGCCUCCCUGACUGAUGACAAGCAGGAACCACGGACUCACUUUCCGUGACAGUUGGAGUGGAGGCUGGUUUCUAUGAUCUGUUUUGUGCAAAAGAUACAGACAGAAAAGCUGAUUCCCAUCCAGGCCACAUUGUUUUUACAUUACCAGUAAGACAAAAUCUGAGCUUAUAUUUCGUGCCUCUGUUUGGCUACUUGCAAUGUUUGCGGGGUGUAACAUUAAUCACCAGCGGAAUAGUAGCUUUACAAACAAAACGUCCACACCCCAACUUGUUCCUGGGAGAUCUAUGCAUUUCUAUGGACUGGACAGGAAUGCUGUAAUGGUGAAACUAUGCUCAACAUUCCUUGUGUAUGCUGACAUGGGAGAGGUCCUUGGAGAGGAGUGUGUGUGUGUGUAGGUGUGUGUGUGUGUGUGUUUGUAUGUGUUUGUAUGAAUGUGUGGUAUGCAUGUACAAUACUUGAGUCUUUCUUUAGAAAAGACUGGGCGUGCAGCGUGUUCUUUCUCGAAAUGAGCAGCCGAACCUGCAGAGGAAUCGUCACCAUGGAAACUGAAACAAAAAUGAUGUUGGAGUUAAAGUCACACAGGAUUUACUGGCAUUGCAGGACUUUAAAAGAAACUGCAAAAGGGGAAUGAGAACAUGUUGUAAUUUGGUCAGAGAAGGAUACAGAUUGAACUGUGUUGUCUGAUUUGAUGAACAAGUCGGCUUUGAAUUGUUAUUGUGCAGAAAAAGAAACCAGUCAACAUCUUUGUGCCUUCAAGAGUUCUGCCUUUUUGAUAAAAUUCUGCUAAAUUAAGUGGCUACACUGUUAAUUUAUUGCUUGUAUUAAUUAUUUGAGUAGUUAUUUAUUGUCUGAUUUUUUUUUUUUUUUGCUCUGUUAACUAAGUCAAUAAAUUAUUGUGUUCA